AUGCAGAAUGAAGAGCUGAUGGGGAUCAGACGAGAGGAGGAAAUGGAGAUGUCUGACGAUGACAUGGAGGAUACACACGACCAUGACGAAUCAGGUACACACACACUCCUGAUAGAAAAACUAACAUUAACUACACACACCCACACACAUUUUGGGAUAUGGCUCCUUCCUUUUCUCCUUAGUUGUAGAAUAGAUCUGUAGCUCAGCCCUCUGUCUCAGUGUCAUCAGCUCAUUCACACUCUAAAUGGACAAAUUAAGUUGGAGAGGAGACUAGGGCUGUGGCUGUCACAAAAUCUCAUCAGCCAGUGAUUUUCAAGCAAAUAACUGUCGGUCUCACGGUAAUUGACCGUAAUUAACAUAAACACAUUUAGCAUCUCCUGGCUUCCACACAUAGCCUACAAGCUAAUGAUGCAGACCUUUGGAACAUCUACAUUCUAAAAAGUAUAAUAAAUCCAUGUAAUAUAGCCUACACCUUUACAAUAAAUCCAUUAUUUAUUUUAGACAGGUCUAAAGAAGCAUGAAGUCUAUAUGAAGAAAAUGUAGUCUAUUUCAGAAGAACAGAAUAGCAUACUCUGAGUUGUCUUUAUGUUAGGUCCUGAUCUGGCUAUGCCAAAUGGCUAUGGGCUACACUAGUUCAUUUAGCAGACAAGAUUUGCUUAGAAUUCCGUGGCAUUAUUUUAUAGUAUGAAGAAUACAAUUGAACAAAGCUGAAUAAAACAGAAAGGAUAUUUUCUCCAAACGAUUUGAGGGAGUGCGCACAUGCGGCUUUUCUGUGUUGAGCGGUUAACAAAGAAACAGUUAAACCACCCCCAUCUCCGCGACCUUUUCCCCCCACUGCUACACAUUUUUCCAGAGGAUACACUGAGCUAAUAAUCACCGAAAUGAAAGCUAGACAGUCAGGGAGCAUAGACAAUACCAAGAACGAUGGAUAGAGGAAUAUUAAUUGUGGAUUUUGACGGUGAGGAAAUAUGACCAAUUUUCAGUGUGGCCCUGCGGACCUCGUUGAAGACCGAAUGCGGCCCCCGCCGCCAAAUUAGAUUGACAGCCCUGAUAUAUACGGAGUGUACAAAACAUUAGGAACACCUUCCUAAUAUUGAGUUGCACCCCCUUUUAACCUCAGAACAGCCUAAAUACAUUGAGGCAUUGACUCUACAAGGUGUCGAAAGCUUUCCACAGGGAUGCUGGCCCAUGUUGACUCCAAUGCUCCCCAAGUUGGCUGGGUGUUCUUUGGGUGGUGGACCAUUCUUGAUACACACGGAAAACUGUUGAGCAUGAAAGAAUCAGGAGCGUUGCAGUUCUUGACACACUCAAACCGAUGUGCCUGACACCUACUACCAUAACCCGUUCAAAAAGUGUUCAUACCCCUUGACUUAUUCCACAUUUUGUUGUUACAGCCUGAAUUCAAUAUUUUUUUCUCAACCGUCUACACACAAUACCCAAUAAUGACAAAGUGAAAACAUGUUUUUAGACGUUUUUGCUACUUUAUUGAAAAUGAAAUACAGAAAUAUCUCAUUUACAUAUGUAUUCACACCCCUGAGGCAAUAGUUUGCAGAAGCAACUUCGGCAGCGAUUAUAGCUGAGAGUCUUUCUGGGUAAGUCUUAAGAGCUUUCGACACCUUGAUUGUACAACAUUUGCCCAUUAUUAUUUUCGGAAUUCUUCAAGCUCUGUCAAAUUGGUUGUUCAUCAUUGCUAGACAACUAUUUUCAGGUCUUGCCAUAGAUUUUCAAGUAGAUUUAAGUCAAAACUGUAACUCGGCCACUCAGGAAUAUUCACUUUUUGCUUGGUAACUCCAGUGUAGAUUUGGCCUUGUGUUUUGGGUUAUUGUCCUGCUGAAAGGUGAAUUCAUCUCCCAGUGUCUGGUGGAAAGCAGACUGAACCAGGUUUUUCCUCUAGGAUUUUGCCUGUGCUUAGCUCCAUUCUGUUGCUUUUUUAUCCAGAAAAACUCCCCAGUCCUUAACGAUUACAAGCAUACCCAUAACAUGAUGCAGCCACCACUAUGCUUGAAAAUAUGGAGAGUGGUGCUCAGUAAUGUGUUCCAUUGGAUUUGCCCCUAACAUAAAACUUUGUAUUCAGGACAAAAAGUGAAUUGCUUUGCCACAUUUUUUGCAGUAUUACUUUAGUGCCUUGUUGCAAACAGGAUGCAUGUUUUGAUUUUUUUUUUUAAUUCUGUACAGCCUUCCUUAUUUUCACUCUGUUAAUUAGAUUAGUAUUGUGGAGUAACUACAAUGUUGUUUAUCCAUCCUCAGUUUUCUCCUAUUACAGCCAUUAAACUCUGUAACUGUUUUAAAGUCAACAUUGGCUUAAUGGUGAAAUCCCUGGGCGGUUUCUUUCCUCUCCGGCAACUGAGUUAGGAAGGACGCCUGUAUCUUUGUGGUGACUGGGUGUAUUCAUACAACAUCCAAAGUGUUAUUUUUUUAUUUUUACCCAUCUACCAAUAGGUGCCCUUCUUUGCAAGGCAUUGGAAAACGUCCUUGGUCUUUUUGGUUGAAUCUGUGUUUGAAAUUCACUGCUCGACUAAGGGACCUUACAAAUAAUUGUAUGUGUGGGGUACAGAGAUGAGGUAGUCAUUCAAAAAUCAUGUUAAACACUAUUUAUUGCACACAGUGAGUCCAGACAACUUAUUAUGUGACCUGUUAAGCAAAUGUUUACUCCUGAACUUAUUUAGGCUUGCCAUAACAAAGGGGUUGAAUACUCAAGACAUUUCAGCUUUUCAUUUUUAAUCGAAAAACAUAAUUCCACUUUGACAUUAUGGGGUAUUGUGUGUAGUAGGCCAGUGACAAAAAAUCUCAAUUUAAUCUAUUUCAAAUUCAGGCUGUAACACAACAAAUUGUGGAAAAAGUCAAGGGGUGCGUAUACUUUCUGAAGGCACUAUAAAUAGUUUGUCUUGCCCAUUUACCCUCUGAAUGGCACACAUACACAAUCCAUGUCUCAAGGCUUAAAAAUCCUUCUUUAACCUGUCUCCUCCCCUUCAUCUACACUGAUUGAAGUGGAUUUAACAAGUGACAUCAAUAAGGGAUCAUAGCUUUUACCUGGAUUCACCUGGUCAGUCUAAUGUUUUGUUCCUAAUGUUUUGUACACUGUGUCGAGGAAGGAGUGUCUGUGAAAUUACAUUUGUCCUUUUUUUUAAUGAUAGGAAUUCUACUCCGGCACCUCUUAAUUGCACAUUAAUGAAAGCAAAACACUACCAGUCCAAUAGCAAGCAGCUGACACUAUGAAUGGACUGGUAUGUUUAUGGUGGAUAUUACUCCCUGGCCUGCCUCUCUAAAUGUCAUAGUCAUAGUCACAGCUGGAACUAAGUGUGUGUGUGUGUGCGCGUGUGUGUGUGUGUGUGUGUGUGCCAGCUGCACCUUCAGCUCAUUUAGGGUUGUUCUGGGCACCACUGAAGUGCCAUUAGGACUGUCUUUACACAGAGUAGCCUGUUUAUGUCUGCUGAACCAACAGAGAGCCACUGAUAUAAGUAAAGAGAUACUUUAUUAGUCCACGCGAGAUGGAAAUUUGUCUUCUGUUUUUAUUCAUCCCCCCGCUAUACACAUUAGGAACACCUGCUCUUUCCAUGACAUAGACUGACCAGGUGAAUCCAGGUUGAAGGCUAUGAUCCCUUAUUGAUGUCACCUGUUAAAUCCACUUCAAUCAGUUUGGAUGAGGGGGAGGACACUGGUUGAAGAAUGAUUUUUAAGCGUUGAGACAUGGAUUGUGUAAGUGUGCCAUUCAGACGGUGAAUGGGUAAGACAAAAGAUGUAGGUGCUUUUGAAUGGGGUAUGGUAGUAGGUGCCAGAAUGUGUAUCAAGAAUGGUCCACCACCCAAAGGACAUCCAGCCAACCUGGGAAGCAUUGGUGUCAACAUGGGCCAGCAUCCCUGUGAAACUCUUUCGACACCUAGUAUAGUCCAUGCCCCAACGAAUUGAGGCUGUUCUGAGGGCAAAAGGGGGUGCAACUCAAUAUUAAGUAGGUGUUCCUAAUGUUUUGUACACUCAGUGUACACACACACACACACACACACACACACACAUUAGGUUGGAGAGGCAGGAGCAAAGGGCAUCUGCCCAGCGCCCAAUGAGCAGUUUAGGGGGUUAAGUUCCUUGCUCAAGGGAAGUUGGUACCGGAGAUAUUGAUGCCAGCAACCCUCUGGUUGCCCACCCCACCCCUUCAUGUCUUUUAGUUUCUGCUUGUUAAUCGUUGUGAUCUUUGCCAGUUGCCAAUAUGACAACCUCCCUCAUUACUAUGCAGAUAUAUGCAAACGUUAUCAUCAGCCUACCAAGUUCGCAUUCCCACCUCUUUUCAUGUGCGACCUUGCUUAUUAGAAAACACUGAUAACAAUCGUUGUCAGGAGGCUGUCACAAUGUUGGAAGGGAAAGCUGUGGAGAAGGGCACAGGAUGUGGUGGGGGGACAUGUAUUGUGAAACCCCUUCAUAUUUACAGUAUUAGCUCACACCUGCUAGGGAUCCCUGUAACCCAGGAGCACAGGGGGAGCCCACCCAGUCUGUUUCUUUAAAAGCUCAUCGAUGCUAAUGGCUAAGUGUCCUAUAUUAAACACAGUGCCGAGUGUGAAUGGGUUGGUGCUUCUACAUUCAUGCAGUACAGAGUGGGAAUGGGUUGGUGCUUCUCUCCUCUCAGCAGCCCUGUGCUGAGCUUCUGGAGUCGAUGCUAAAGCCUGUCACGUUGUGGAGGGGGAAUCGGUCGGCUACCCUGGACAGCAACUUGAUGAGGCUCCCUGAUUAAUACACACCUCACCCAAAACCUCCCUGCUGCUGGCUCACACACACACACAUUAACCAGAGCAGGUGGAUGACUCAGAGGUCUCUGUGUCUUAGAAGUCUGUAUCUCUUUGUUCAAACAGACCCUAUGCCUGAUUCAAAGAAGCCAGCAUGAGUCGCUAUGCUCAUUCUAACACACACACACACACACACACACACUAUGCUAGGCCUCUCUCACACAAUCACCCCCAGUUCUUAUCUCCCCAGCUCAGCCACGCAAACACACCCUCUCAUUACAUCACACACGUCCCCUCAGACAGCAUUGGAGAACAAAGACUCUCUUAUCAAAGCCCAAACGAACAGGGGCUGAGUAGUUCUCAUCACUAUCUCUCCUGACUGUUCAAUAUAGGACAGGUUGGGAUUUCAAAGCCUCUCCAGUAGAGCUACUGUAUGUCUUCAGAUCAUCAGUACAUACAUUUGAAGGCUCUCUAUACAGUACAAUGUUAUGAUACUGUAGUUGUGAUGUGCUAUGUCUCUCGUGUGUGUGUGUGUGUGUGUGUGUGUGUGUGUGUGUGUGUAGGCCCUGUGGCCCAGGUGGAGGCUCUAAAGGAGGAGAAUGACUCUCUGCGCUGUCAGCUUGACGCCUACAGGAACGAGGUGGAGUUGCUGAAGCAGGAGCAGGGCAAGAACCAAGAACACACACCUCCACAACACAGUGAAGAGGACACCAGCAGGCAGCAACAACUAACCUUUCUACAACAGGCACUACAGGGCAUGCAGAAGGUAUACUUCUACCACACACACACACACACACACUAUAGCUUAACUUCUUGCAGCAGGUCCUACUUUGGAUGUAUUUUAAGCAAUUCCACUGGAAUAUUUAUACAGAUAUUAAACCCCUGCAGAUUCUAGCUGGUGAGACUCAUAAUCCAUUGGUUUUGCUUUCUGAGGCGACAAGUGGUUUUGAUGAAAAGUCACUUUUAAUGGAGGUGGAUAGAGAACUGCCCUCUCAAUUACACACACAGGCGUGUGCACACAUACACACAACACUGAUAAAGAGAUGAGAGAGAGAGAGAGAGACCAAGAAUUCACAAAAUGGGACAAACACCAAAUUGAGACUCUGCAUGCAGAAUUCUGCAAAAAAUCCUCCGUGUACAACGUAAAACACCAAAUAAUGCAUGCAGAGCAGAAUUAGGCCAAUACCCGCUAAUUAUCAAAAUCCAGAAAAGAGCCGUUAAAUUCUAAAACCACUUAAAAGGAAGCGAUUCCCAAACCUUCCAUAACAAAGCCAUCACCUACAGAGAGAUGAACUUGGAGAAGAGUCCCCUAAGUAAGCUUGUCCUGGGGCUCUGUUCACAAACACAAACAGACCCCACACAGCCCCAGGACAACAACAACAACAACAACAACAACAACACAAUUAGACCCAACCAAAUCAUGAGAAAACAAAAAGAGAAUUACUUGACACAUUGGAAAGAACAAACAAAAAAACAGAGCAAACUAGAAUGCUAUUUGGCCCUAAACAGAGAGUACACAGUGGCAGAAUACCUGACCACUGUGACUGACCCAAAUUUAAGGAAAGCUUUGACUAUGUACAGAUUCAGUGAGCAUAGCCUUGCUAUUGAGAAAGGCCGCCGUAGGCAGACCUGGCUCUCAAGAGAAGACAGGCUAUGUGCACACUGCCCACAAAAUGAGGUGGAAACUGAGCUGCACUUCCUAACCUCCUGCCAAAUGUAUGACCAUAUUAGAGACACAUAUUUCCCUCAGAUUACAGCGAUCCACAAAGAAUUCGAAAACAAACCCAAUUUUGAUCAACUCCCUUAUCUACUGGGUGAAAAACCACAGUGUGCCAUCAGAGCUGCAAUAUUUGUGACCUGUUGCCACAAGAAAAGGGCAACCAGUGAAGAACAAACACCAUUGUAAAUACAACCCAUAUUUAUGUUUAUUUAUUUUCCCAUUUGUACUUUAACUAUUUGCACAUUGUUACAACACUGUAUAUUUACGUAAUAUGACAUUUGAAAUGUCUUUAUUCUUUUGAAACUUCUGAGUGUAAUGUUUACUGUUAAUAUUUAUUGUUUAUUUCACUUUUGUUUACUAUCUACUUCACUUGCUUUGGCAAUGUUAACACACGUUUCCCAUGCCAAUAAAGCCCUUAAAUUGAAAUUGAAUUGAGAGAGAGAGAGAGAGAGGUAGGGAGAGAUGCAAGCUGAAAAUGAGAGCAGCAGUGGGAUGCACUCAGGGUAAGAUGGUUGGAUAGAUAGAGAAAUAACAAUAGAAAGACCAGAGGGAGAGAGUCAUUCUAGAAUCUGAUCACUCUGCUGUCCUUGACGCUCUACAUAAACCAAUACCAACCAGCUGGAGGGGUUUUCUAAUAAAAUCUCCCCCUCAGAGAAAACAACCAUCAUACUGUUGGUAAGAUAAACAACCCUCAGAGGCAAGAAAUGUGUUGCUCCCAUCACCUGCUGGGUCGGCAAAGUAGUCAAUGGUCAUUAGUUAAUAGAAAUAAUUUUUUUUAAUGUUGGUUUUGAGCAUAAAUAAUGUGUCGUCUUCCUGCUCAUUUGAAUAGACAGAUGGUAAUUACAUUUCUAACACGCAAGUUUGAACAUUUCCAUGAAAAUAUUAAAUGAAUGGAUUAAAAUUAGAGACCAAUUGGAUGCUUCUUAUUGCUCCAUGCUAAAUUGCGUUAUCAUGCAGGCUCUGGCAAAUUACCAUAAAUAUUAUCAGCAGGUGAUUUGAGUCUGCCCAGAUUCUGCGAAUUUCUUCCACUUGUGAGUCAUGUUAUACUUGCGUAUUUCAGCCUAAACCCAACUGAGACGGAUAAGCUGAAAUGGAUGAGGAGAAAGGACAAGAGAGACUAGAUAGAGAAGCUAUCCAAGUUAACUUGGUUUCCUCUCUGUAGCUAAUGCAUAAAGGGUUAAUAACUCGCAUUCAGCAUAUGCGUGUCAUAAGCAGGCAUCUGUGGCUAACUGUGCCUCCUCUGUCUUAAUGGUUAGUUAGCAUUUGUGUCUUCUCUCUAAAGAUUAGUUAGCAUCUGUGGCUAUCUGUGCCUCCUCUGUAGCAGAAGCUUAAAGGUUAAAUAGCAUCCAGGCUCUGUCGCAGCCGGCCGCGACCGGGAGACUCAUGGGCGGCGCACAAUUGGCCCAGCGUCAUCCAGGGUAGGGGAGGGAAUGGCCGGCAGGGAUGUAGCUCAGUUGAUAGAGCAUGGCGUUUGCAACGCCAGGGUUGUGGGUUCGAUUCCCAUGGGGGGCCAGUAUAAAAAAUAUAUAUAUAUAUAUAUGUAUUCACUAACUGUAAGUCGCUCUGGAUAAGAGCGUCUGCUAAAUGACUAAAAUGUAAAUGUAAAUGUAAAAAUCUGUGGUUAACUGUAUCUCCUCUCUGUUUGCAGCAACUGUUGAAGAUGUGUGAAGAAAUGAAACAGCGGGAGGCAGAGUUGGAGAAGACUGUGGAGGGCAAACAGCAGCUGGAGAACCAAGUAAAGAGCCUCAAGGAAGGACUGGAGAGCCUGAAAACACUAACACGCACACCACAG